ACGCACUCGUCCCGUUGUCAUUCGCCAUUGGAUCAGACUCAGUACUUGAAUCUAAACGCAGUUCGAAAUAAUCGAAGAUGGUUGACGCCGGAGUGAAACAGUUCUGGAACGAUAAUGUCGCCAAGGACCUCAAGGGACAUGGCAUCGCCGUCUAUAUGAAGUUCCUGACAGCUCACCCAGAAUUGCAGAAGAAAUUCACCACGUUCGCAACUGUCCCACUUAGUUCCCUGGAAGGAAACGAUGCGUUGGCGAAACAAGCUGUGGCGGUGAUGACGAAACUCGGGGAGAUCAUCAACUCGGGAGACCUCAAGGCAGCCACCAAGACUCUGGCAGCCAGCCACAAGGGGUAUAAGAUCGACCAGUCUGAGUUCCAGAAAAUCUUCCCCUCCAUCGUCGAACACGUAAGUGCGGCUGGAGGCGACAAGGCGGCAUGGACGAAGGCUCUCAACGACAUCGGUGCCGCGUUCGGCUCCAACCAGUAGCGUGUGCAUCUUCCCUAACCACACGACUAUGCAUAUUGGAAAUGGCAACGACAUCGUUCAGUGGACCACCUUCUUGUGCUAGCUGUGACAACGUCAACUAUUUUAUUGUUUGGAUUGUAUUGUUUCAAUUGGAAUUUCACAGACAAAAGGCACUAAAUCGUUUUAUAUGGUCUCACUAUUAGUAGUCUUUUUAUAUUGGAGUACAGAUUUGAAUUGUUUUUAAAAUCAGAAUUUCUAGCGGUGAGUGGAUGAUGAUGAUGAUGAUGACGACGACGACGACAGUGUUGGUGAUGCUGAUGUCGCUAGUGCCAGGGACUGAAUGAUGCCGCUGCUGUAGAAGAAGAUUCGGCUUAAUCUGAGAUACAUUUCGUUGCUUCUGCUUCAAAUAAAAACAAAACAAGCCUCUUAUUAGCAAAAUUAAAUACAACAAUUGCAAAAUAUUUGUGAUUUGUUUUAAUUACCCAUUAUAAGUCGGUUAGAUAUAUUGUUAACUUGUUCCCUUUUGACAUUAAAACCUUUAAAAACA